GGCAGAGCGUGUUGCUGCUGGAGGUCAGAGGCACGUUAGCAAACCGUAGUCAUCAAAUUAUAACGAAAGAAACACACCGUAAAGAAAAAAACACGCAAGAUACAACAUACGAACUGUUAGGGGAACAGUGUUUUAUCGACACUGGAUUCAGCAGCGUUGUCGUUUAUCUGUUUGAGUCUCAUUUUGUGAGUGUUACGACAUAUCGUAGCUAGCAAACGUCCUCAAGCCACCAGGUGAGCUCCUCUUCAGAUCCUCUCAGACAUGGACAACAACUCUCAGGGACCCGGGGGGGCCAAAGGAGGUUUGGGGAGUCUCUUCGGAGGUGGAGCACCUGAAUACUCCACCACAGAGCUUGCCGGUGUCCCAUUGUCUGGAAUGAGUCCGCUGUCCCCGUACCUCAACGUCGACCCUCGUUACCUGGUUCAGGACACAGAUGAGUUCAUUCUACCGACAGGUGCCAAUAAAACAAGAGGACGGUUUGAACUGGCUUUCUUUACCAUUGGAGGCUCCUGUAUUACUGGAGCUGCGUUCGGAGCUGUUAAUGGUCUCAGGAUGGGUCUGAAGGAGACCAGAGACAUGUCGUGGUCCAAACCUCGUAAUGUACAGAUUCUCAAUAUGGUAACCAGGCAGGGUGCAUCAUGGGCCAACACUCUGGGCUCUGUUGCCUUGUUAUACAGUGUUUUCGGUGUGGCGAUAGAGAAAGCCAGAGGAGCAGAAGAUGACAUCAACACAGUAGCUGCUGGCACGUUAACCGGGAUGCUCUUUAAAUCAGCCAGUGGCCUGAAGGGUGUCGCCCGUGGAGGUCUGGCUGGUUUAGCUUUGUCUAGUGCCUACGCCGUCUACAACAACUGGGACCACCUCACCGGCAGCCCCUCAUCCUCCAGGCUGUACUAAACUUUCCCUUCACAUCUUCUUCAACAUUAGGGCCAAAUAUCUGCAGGACACAGCCUUUAACCACAGCACUAAGAGGAAUUAGACUCUGGUCAAAUGCAGUGUGCUCUCAAGUGAAGCGAGCUGGUCCCAGUUUGCUGGUGCCCCCCCCACCCCUCUCUAUAGCUACUUUCCUGGAGCAUUUUGGGAUGAAAGUGUGGAUUUAAUCCACUGAGAUUCCAAAUGUAGACCGUCCUAAAACACCCCUCGCAUCAUUUGUCUGUAUCCUCUGAGGUAUUCCUGUCACUGAUCAGAUAUCGAUCAGUAAUCUGUUGGAAUAUAGAGGUGUGUCAUUUGUCAUAUUAUCGUUUAUAAGAGACUCAUUAGUCUCCAAUAAUACUAAUGCUUUUUCAAAUCAAUGAACCCAUGACACGUGGGUUAAAUGUGCCCGUAUUAAUUUG